AAAUAAAGCUCAUUACUAUAUUAAUUGUUUUAGCAGCUAUAACUAAGAGAGCUCAGAUUCCUUUCUCUUCAUGACUUCCUGCUGCUAUAGCAGCUCCUACUCCUGUUUCUGCUUUAGUUCAUUCUUCUACUCUUGUUACUGCUGGUGUUUAUUUAUUAAUUCGUUUUAGACCAAUAUUGGAUACUUAUAAUUGUGGUUGAUUUUUACUUUUAAUUGGUUGUAUAACUAUAUUUAUGGCUGGAUUGGGCGCUAUUUUUGAGUUUGAUUUAAAGAAGAUUAUUGCUCUUUCUACUUUAAGACAACUUGGUUUAAUAAUAAGAAUUUUGGCUAUAGGUUAUCCAAAGCUUGCAUUUUUUCAUUUAUUGGCUCAUGCUUUAUUUAAGGCAUUAUUAUUUAUAUGUGCAGGUUCAAUAAUUCAUAAUUUGAAGGAUUCUCAGGAUAUUCGUUUUAUAGGAUCAAUUGUUAAUUUCAUACCUUUAACUUCAGUUUGUUUUAAUGUUUCUAGUUUAUCUUUGUGUGGAAUACCUUUUUUAGCGGGAUUUUAUUCAAAGGAUUUAAUUCUUGAGAUGGUUUGUUUAAGAUGAAUUAAUUGUUUAAUUUUUUUCUUUAUUUUUUUUCUACUGGUUUAACUGCUUCUUAUUCUUUUCGUUUGUUUUAUUAUUCAAUAUCUGGUGAUAAUAAUUUUUAUUCUAGAUUUUCUUUUGAUGAUAAGGGUUAUUAUAUUUCAUUUGGAAUAAUUGGUCUAUUGUUUGUUGCUGUUUUUGGUGGUAGUCUUUUAUCUUGAUUAAUUUUUCCUAUUCCUCAUGUGAUU